AUGGACUUAGCUGGUUCUGAGAGAGUUUCUCUGACGAAAGCUGCUGGUGAGCGUCUUAAAGAGGGGGCUAACAUAAACAAAUCUUUGUCAGUAUUAGGAAAUGUGAUAAGGCAACUAAGCGAGGGGAAGGAGUUUAUCAGUUAUCGCGAUUCGAAAUUGACUAGACUGCUCUCACAGGCUCUUGGCGGUAAUGCCAAAUCAUUGAUUAUCGGGAAUGUUACUUUAGCUGCAGAGGAGGAGAGACUACACCAGAAUUCGCCCAAAGCACUAAAACUGUCAAAAAUAAAACGAAAGUAA